AUAACUUAAAUAACAGCACGAUGUCUGCAAAAAAAAGUAGAACUUGGAUUGUUUUAUGGAUUUUGCCAAUAGCACAGUAGUUUUGAAUAACUGCAGAAUGCAAAUAUAUGACAAUUUCAUUAGAAAGAUCUAAGAACAGCUGGAGACAUGUAGAUUAUAGUAAGUACUUUUUAUCAUCUGUGGUUUCUCACAAAGGCAGCCUGGCAACUGUUGAGCCCUGUUUAUUAUGCUCCGUGCUGUGAAUGAACUCUUAUGAUUUUAUUUUAUGUACUUUGUAUAAAUGGUUGUAAAUUAUAUAUACAAAAUAUUUCUGAUGUGGCUCCAUUUAGGGAUACUUCUCUCUCCACCAUUUCAGUUCUGCACUGAGACGAUGAGGAUGUUUCUGCUCCUCUGCGUCCUCUGCCUCAUGGCUCCCAUUGGCUGCAGUCGAUCUCAGGGUCCCAAAGGGGAACCAGGGUUUCCAGGAAUUAGUGGUGAAAAAGGUGACCGAGGAUUACCUGGGUUUGACGGGCCACCUGGAGUACCCGGGAGAGAUGGUAACCCUGGAGUACCAGGCAUAGCAGGUCAAAAAGGGGAUCAAGGAGAUACUGGAGCACCGGGACAGCCUGGAUGUGAUCAAGAUUCUGCUGGUUCCUGCAGCCCGGACCUGACAGCCUUAAAGGAGAGACUCGCCAAGUUAGAGUUGGCUAUAAACUACGACUUUGUCUGAAGAGUUGGUCAGAAAUACUUUGUGUCCAACCAGGAGAGAGACUCCUUCUCCAGGGCCGUGGAGUUGUGCUCCCAGCGAGGCUUAGAGCUGGCUCUGCCCCAGAGCGACCAGGAGAACAACGUGCUGACUCAGAUCUUUGGGGACGUCUACAAAGCGGCCUGGAUCAACGUCAACAACGUGAAAGCAACGGGGAACUUUAACUCCGACAUGAAGAACCGACCUUUGACCUUUACCAAAUGGGGAGAAGGGCAGCCGGACAAAACCAUCCAGGAUACAGGCUGCACCAUGCUGUCAGAGAACGGCGUCUGGAGAGUGACGCACGAGUGCUUCCUGAACGCCUUCAUCGUCUGUCAGAUAUAGAAAAUGUUUGACACUGAGGAAUAG